ACCAGGAACAGUAGAUCUAAACGUUCUCUGUAAAUACUAAAGAAUAUCACUCGAAUAUCAUGCCAAAUAGAUGCGUUGUGAUCGGGUGCAGCAACAUUCCAGACCUAGAAAAAGGAAUAGCGCUUCAUGCUAUUCCUUAUUGGGAUGAUAAUCGUCCAAUUCCUCAAGAAAGAAGAAGAAAAUGGAUCGAAUUUGUACAAGUAGAGCGCGCAAACUGGGAAGCCAGUAGAUGGUCGGUCAUAUGUUCGAAGCAUUUUACAGCUGAUGAUUUCCAAAGAAGAUACAGCAGUCUUGAAGGAUUUGAAAAGUUUUGGAUACCUAGGCUGAAAAGAGAUGAUUUUGGUGUGAAUGUAUAUCCUAGUGUACACGACAACAUUAAAGUAAAACCAAAAGACAUUCCAUGUACUUCUAGUUGUAAUGCUUCUCGGCAUGGGAGUCGGAGACGUAGAAAGGAAUUAAAAGAAACCUUUCUAGAUAAUAAACAGUCAUAUGAUCAACUAAAAAGCACAGUUAUAUCACUGAGGACUAGAUUAAGACAGAGAGAAAAAGGAACAAAGGCACUUAAAACAGCAAAAUAAAGAAUAUCAAAAAAACAAAAUCAGUUCUUGCAGAAUGACCAUCUGAGCCUAAUGAAUAAAUAAAGUAUUAAAUGUAUCAAAA